CCUCAUCAAACGGACUUCGCGUGUCACUGAAACCACUGCCAUUGAUAAAGCUUUGGCACUUCUCUCUAGCACUGCAUAUAUAUCUAAAAGACAACACAGACAGAGCGAAAGCAGCAUCAAACCCAAGCUCAAUAACCAGAAAAGCCGUUUCCUCUUUCCGAAGCUGAGAAGCUGAAGCGCUAAUUCUGAGUCGGACGGAGAGAAAAAGCCUGGCAAUGACUCUCUUGCAAAGCUAUUAGAUUAUCUCCAGGUUGAGUUUUUGGCCUGGAAUUGUUACCACAUGCUAUUGGGAGUGGUUAUUUGUCGAAAUAUCAGAUUACUCGUCUGAGUUGUAGUAGCUGAAGAUGAGUUGGAAUCCGCAUAUGGGAGUUCAUUACCCCUACAACAGCUGUCCCUAUAACUCGGCUGGUAGCUUUAUGGACUAUUUUGAAGGGCUCACCUAUGAACAUGUGAACUUUAUUUUUUCAGGGGAUUCACAUGCUCAGGAGAGUACUUACCCAUCAAUGAACACGAACUAUUACAAGUUUGGGUUAACUGAACCUGGGAAUACUUCAUAUUAUGAUCUUGGUUUUCGUCAUGCCUACGAGUUCAAUGAUCCUGUCGGACGAAGUGGUGAAGAAACAAGGCUUUUCCAGCACUCUUCGACUAUUCUUAAUGAACAGACUGUGGCAAGGGAUCCACUAUGUGAAGGAAGUGCAAACACUUCUACAUGUGACAACCCCAGAGAAUCUCCUCGGAGAUAUCAGAACUCCCAUGACUAUCAGGUUAUUUUGGAAGACAACAUUGACCCUGAUAGCAUGACUUAUGAGGAAUUACUAGAAUUAGGUGAGGCAGUUGGAACUGAAAGCCGAGGUCUUUCCCAAGAUCUGCUUUCUUUGCUUCCAAUCUCGAAAUACAAGUGCAGCUUUUUCUCAAGAAAGAAAUCACGGAGUGAGAGGUGUGUGAUCUGCCAGAUGGAAUAUAAACGAGGGGACCGGCAAAUUACUCUUCCAUGCAAACACCUCUAUCAUGCUGGAUGUGGAACCAGAUGGCUUAGUAUGAAUAAGGCUUGCCCAAUAUGCUACACUGAGGUAUUUGGUAAAGGAUCGAUGAGCGAGAAGUAGUUCUGAUUGUUACAAAGAGCAGCCUUCAUAUAUUGUUCUUUGCUCUUCAAAUUUGGUUUACAUAGAGAUGCUUUUCUUUUAUUGUCCACGUCGUUGUAGAAGCACUUGGUUAGGGUAGUGUUUGGAACCAUGAAAUGACUUCUUUCAUAAUUUGUCUAAUUUCUAUGGUGCUGAUCUUAGAAUCAAAAGCUUAGCUUCCAAAUUCCAAUUACUAAAAUAGGAAGAUUAUAUUUUCCAGAAAUCUGGUAUACUAUGAUGCGAGAUUGUCUAUCUUAAAUACUGAGAAGAUGAUAUCUUAAAACAUGGACUUCGGAGCUCUUGCAGCAUGUCUGAAGGCAUUUGGGCAAAAUGAAGAACAGAGCCCUGGCCAAAAUGCAGUAUACAGUCUACACCAGUGUUGAUUUGCAUCAUUCUCAGUCGUCGUAUCCCUACAUAUAUUGAAGUAACAAUAUGAACUGUGCUAUACAUAUAAGAGCAUCCC